AUGUCAUCGGAUUUUAAAACAUCUAACUUUAUAGGAAUAGAAAUGCUUCCAAUGUUUCCUGAUCAAAAACCAAAUAAUGUAAAAUUUAUUUUACAUGAAGACUUUACUUCCUGUUUUCCAUUUAAAGAUGAUACUUUUGAUUUUAUUCAUAUGAGAUUUUGUUGGAGUUAUUUUACUUUUGAUCAAUGGAGAACAAUUGUCUUAAAAGAAUUUAUAAGAUUAUUGAAACCAGGUGGAUGGUUAGAAAUAGCUGAUAUAUCAAUUGACGGUGAAAAUUUAGUAAAAGAAAGUGCUUAUCAAAAAAACCUCGACCCAAUGAUACCAUAUCAACUACCAACCAUACUAAGUUCCAUGCCAAAUCUAUCCUCAAAUGUAUAUUAUGAAGUAAGAAAAAUUCCAUGUGGUUCAUGGGGUGGAAGGGUUGGUCAACAUCAUGAAGAAGCUAUAACAGAUAUUCUUUUAAAAUGUACUGAAUAUUUAUCACCUAAAAAUUCUCAAAAUAUGGUGGAACAAAUUUUAAAAGAAUUUAAAGAAUAUCGUACUUAUUCUUAUUGUCAUAGGACUAUCAAUAAUUCAUUACAAUUUCGUCCUACACUGUUGCUGCUAUUUUUUACAUUGGUUGCAGCAGUAGGUGCAGUAGUAGCACGAAUGGAAUCACUCUGCGUUUUUGAUAAUGGUUUCUGUGUUGUUGACAUAGUAUUAGUUAUAUUUGGCGGGAUUGAUGACGCAGUUGCUGAGCUGAUUGUGGAUACGGGUGUAGGAUAUCUGGUUAGACUUUGGCUGGUACCGAGCGCACAGAUUUGA